AUGUGCACUAGAGAGUAGUGCUGCCCUUAUAUGCCCUCGAGCCAAACCAGAUGGAUUUUGAUCCACUACGGUCUUAGGGUUGCAAUUCUCCAUAAGAGGAGACUAGUGUAUUGCAGAAUUUUUCGUUUGCCAGCGUAACCACCUCCUGGUUAUUGGUGUUUGUGUCGGAGUCGGACACAAAUCACAAUCAAUUCGUGUUUGUGGUCCGCUUUCUUUAUAAACCCCGAUCCGGAGGGGCGAGUCCAGCCCGUGUACGUCUCACGCCACACGCCAGCCACCGCCGUCCUCCCUCCCCAUCCGCCGAGACGCGCGACGCCGGCCGCCGCCAUUUUCGAGCAGCGCGACGCCAAGAAGAUGCCUGGCUAUCACCGAGCCGCGGCGCGCGACGAACUCCGCUCGAAGACGAUGGAGUUGGCUCCGGCCGAGCUCUUCGCCUCUGAUCCGCGCCAGGUGCUCAAGAAGAAGCUCUCCGCCCCUGAUCCGUGCCAGGUGCUGAGGAAGAGGCUCGGCGAGGAGAUGGAGGCUCUCCGCGGCAUCCUCAGGAAGGCCGAGCUCGUGGUACGCAAUAAUGUCGACAAGGGCUACGCGGCACGCCGCCGCCGCAAGGACGGGCAUUUCUUGGCCGCAGAAGCCCGAUCAGAAGCCAUGGUGGUCGACCGUACUCCAUGUGCCAAGAGAAGGAAGGCGACGCCACCCGUGGAGAACAUCGAGCCCCCCCGGAUAUCGAAGGCCGAUCCGAUUCCAUGUGCCAAGAAAAGGAGGAUGAUGCCACCCGUAGAGAUCAUCGAGCCCCGGAUAUCUCAGGACGAGAUCUUCAGCUUGGUUACUCGACUGUCGUCACUCUCGUCGAACAUGCCGGCGCGCAUCGUUGAGUUCCUGAACAAGGAGUGCACCAGUUACACAGAUCAAAAGGCUGGCGAGAUAGAGAUCGAUCUGGAAUCCAUGACGCGCCCCGCCAUGUUCGAGCUGCAAAAGUUGCUAGACGAGUUUGCUGAACAGAAAGGGGAGUCGAUGAACGUCUGCAGAUCCACUAGUCGCUCAUCGCCCCGUAAACUAGAGGAAGGCGAGAUCAUCGAGGAAGGCGAGUUCAUCGAGGAGGAUUGUGGUGCCACUGCCACCACGGCUAUAUGCGGCGGCGAUGCUUCCCCUGUUGUGGCACAGAAGGGCCUUUGUUCACCGCCACCGCCACGAAUACUCGAAGAUGGAGAGAUGACAGAGGAAGAGGGCGCCAGCGCCAUAUGCGGCGACGAUGCCCUUGUUGGGACCGUUGAGACUGCAAAAAGCCCAAGCAACAGCAGCUCGUCUGGAUCCUCCAGCAGCAGCGAUGGUUCUGGAUCUUCUUGCAGCGAUUCAUCAGAUUCCGACAGCAGCGACUCUAACUCCGACGAUGAAUGCGUGACAAGCAAUGUGGCUCCUGUCGUUCUUCCCAUUCCCAAGGCCGACGACGCAUCUGCCAUAGCAAUGCCAGCCAAGGGCAUUUGCUCACCGCCACGAAUCCUCGAAGACAGAGAGAUGACAGAGGAGGAGAUCGACAUAUGCGGCGAUGCCGGUCCUAUUGCCAUCGAGAAGUUUGUUGAAAUAGCAAAAAGCAGUUCGUCUGGAUCUUCCACCAGCGGCGGCAGUUCAUCUGGAUCUUCAUGCAGCGAUUCAUCAGAUUCCGACAGCAGCGACUCUGGCUCCGACGACGAGUGUGUGACAAGCAAUCCAGCUCCUGAAGUUCUUCCCAAGACCGACGCCUCUCCCAUGGCAAUGCCACACAAGAUUCUCAGUGCUAUAACUGAAGAGGAGUUUGCUGAAACCAGGAACAGCCGAAGAAGCAACAAUUCAUUACUUGAAGAUGGCGAGAUAGAAGAGGAGCAGGUGGCUGCAAAGAAGUCUGCUGAAACCGUGAACAGUACAGUAUCCACCAAUGGCCAAUGCCUCAGAAGCAGCCUGCCUCCUGCCGUCCAUAUCGAGCCACCGAAGCCUCAGCCGGCUGCACAAGGCACUGUUCGUCAUUUAAUUGCCAAGGGUUUUGAGAAGAAGCGCGAGAGGGCUGCGGCUGCAAAAGGCACCAUUGGUCAUUUCUAUGCCAAGGAUUUUGAGAAGAAGCGCGAGAGGCAGAGAGCCUACGAAAAGCUGGAAGAGAUGGAGAGGAACGCGAAGGCGAAGCCCAUCUUCGACUGCAUACACCCGGGACACUUGAAGCAGCUAGGGAUCACCACCCCGGUGGAGUACGCCGUCACCUCUGAGCGGCGUCUUCCUGCUCGCCGUGGCUGCCCGGUGCAGAGUCUACUUGGGCUCUUCUUGAAAGCAGGGUAGCAGUAGCACUAGCACACCACGGAGAUGGAAAAGGAGCCACUAGAUACUCCAAGAUCUAUUGGAAACUUAUUACAGUAGGUUCAAAUCAUACAUGAUGAAUGUAUUAGUGUUUAUGUAAUCCGGCUGUACUUUCUGAUGUACUCGUGAUGUUGUAAUUUGUAUGCUGUUGAGUGUUGAGCCCUACCAAAGCUUAUCGAGCAUGAACAGUCUAGUGAACCUGAUGUAUGUAAAGAAUAUUGCCUUGAAACCAGUUGUCAUUGCGCCA